CGCGCCUCUCCGCUCCGGGCCAUGGCGGCCGUGGCUUGGGGACGGUGCCUCCCUCGGGUGUGGCUUCGCAGGAGGGCCGGGCCUGGCUGCGGCCGCCACUACCGCGCCGCGCUCUGCGCCGAGCUGAAGCAGCCCCUGGCCAUCGAGGAGGUCGCCUCCCGCCCUGUCCGGCCUCACGAGGUCAGAGUGGACGUCCAUUUCUGUGGAGUUAAUUUUGCUGAUAUUUUGGUCUGCCGUGGUCAGUAUCAGGAAAAGCCUCAACUUCCCUUCACACCUGGAAUGGAGUUUUCGGGGACAGUAUUGGAGACAGGCACAGAUGUCAGCACAGUGAAAGAGGGAGAUCGAGUUAUUGGCGUGAGUGGCUUUAAUGGAAUGGCUGAAGAAUGCAUCAUUGAUCACAAGACACUGUGGCAGAUUCCAGAAGGGGUCCCCCUCCGAGAAGCUGCUACCUUGCCUGUAUCUUAUGUCACUGCUAUUUUGGCCUUGGAGCAUCGGGCCUGUAUUCGGCCUGGAGAAACUGUUUUAGUGACAGCAGCAGCUGGAGCCACAGGCCUUGCAGUGAUAGAUGUGGCAACAAAUGUUCUUCAGGCUAAGGUAAUAGCUGCAGCCGGAAGUGACGAGAAGUGCAGGCUGGCGAUGCGGAAGGGUGCACAGUCCAUCGUGAACUAUAGUCAGGGCAGCCUGAAGGAGGCAGUGAGGAAGCUGGUGGGCACUGAUGGGGUGAACGUGGUCAUCGACGCUGUGGGAGGAGAUGUCUUCCUGGAGGCUCUCCGCAGCCUGGCCUGGGAGGGCAGGAUUGUGGUGGUGGGUUUUGCUGGAGGAACCAUUGCUUCUGUGCCGGCCAACCUUCUGCUCCUGAAGAAUGUCUCUGCUAUGGGGCUGUACUGGGGCCGAUACAAAGAGCAGAACUUUCCCAUCUUCUCCAGAAUCCUGUCCUCUGCUCUUCAGUACUGCCAGCAAGGGCGCAUCCAGCCACACAUCGGAGCGGUUUUUAAGCUGGAGGAGGUCAAUGAUGCCUUCCUUCAUGUGAUACAGCGCAAAUCCAUGGGCAAGGUGCUUAUCUCCCUGAAAUAAACCCUGACCUCAGCAGCAAAUUCAGCAUGUCCAAAUCUAAGCUCCUCAUCUUUCCAAAAAACCUCCUUUACCUCCAGUGUUUCCAAAGGUGUGACCGCUUUCCUGAUUAAUCCAGGUUCAGAAUCUUUUAGAGGCAUCUUCGAUUCUGUUUUCUUAUUCCUAGUAAAUAGUGUGACACAUACUGUACAGUCCUAGUUUGUCCGUAUUGGAGAGGGAAAGGAGGCUGUUAGUAAUUACACCAGGCAAGCAAGGUGUCCUAGGCAAAGCAGGAUGUAUG